UUAGAGUUCACUGAACCCCAAUUUUUUUUUUCAUUUUUCAAAAGCAUCAGUAGUUUCGCUUAAUCGUUUCUCUAUCAUUUUCUCAUAGCGGAAAAAUCUCUCCUCUCUUUCUCUCGUUCUCUUUCAGUGACUAUUUUGUUUUGCUUCGAUUCAUCGGAACCCUAACUCAACCGGCUGGAGAAUUCAACCGUUUUGUGGUGCAGUAGAUGACCGUACGAUUAGGGAGGAGUUGAGAUCAAGCGGCCAGGGAUUUUGCCACCGAAUGGAGGGAGGUAGCGUCUCUAGACUUACUUGCUCUGGGAUACACUCAUGGAUUAUGAUGACAAUGAUUCCCAAAGCCAGAAUCUUCAUUUAGCUGGUGAAGGAAACAAUAAAUUUCCUCCUGUUUUACGGUCAUAUGAUCUCCCAAGAUUUGAUUUUGAUGACAAUCUUCGUGGGCAUCUAAGAUUUGAUAGUUUAGUUGAAACUGAAGUUUUUCUCGGCAUUGAAAGUAGUGAAGAUAAUCAGUGGAUUGAAGAAUUUUCACGGGGGAGUACAGGGAUUGCAUUUAGUUCUAGUGCAGCAGAACCCUGUUUGAUUUCUAGGCACACCAAUGUCUGGUCUGAGGCGGCAUCCUCAGAAUCAGUUGAAAUGCUAUUAAAGUCUGUAGGGCAGGACGAAACUACUCUUGGUCAAACUAUUAGUAAGGAUUCAGAUGCCUGUGAUGAGCUGGGUUGCAUGAUAAAGCCGAUGGACCCUAGUUUGAAACACAGAUAUAGUAGCCUUUCUAAAGUUGGGGAUGACAUACAACCUGCCCUGCAUACAGGUGAGAUUCCAGGGAAAUGUGUAGAUAAUCAGUUGGUUAAAGAUGCUUCUCAAACCCAUGAGGGUGAUCCAUCUGUUCAUGGGGCAUUAGAAGAUCCAAAUAGUAAAAAUACUGACAUACCUGCAACGGAGAGAGAUGAGUCUAAAGAUAGUAAACAUAUUUUUGUUAAUGAAAAUCUAGUGGAAGCUUCGGUUGAUCAGUCUUUGGAUGACAGUGGACAGGAAGAUAAAUUUGCUUCUGGGUCAGAAGUUAAUACCGUAAUCCCUUCUGUGCAAAGCACAUGUAUGACUAGUGUUUUGAUAGAUGAUGAAGAUUCCACACAUUUGAAAAAUGAUAUCAUUGAUAAAAAUGUGGACAGUUUAGAGAGGGAAAAUGUUGGCUUAAGUCCAGAACUUCACAUUGGUGGUAAGAACUUGGUUGAUGAUACAGUUGCAUGUGUUACCUCGCACGUGCAGAAACAUUCAGCCUCAGACAUGCAAUCUAGGGAAGAAGAACAUGCUACUGGAAACAGCACUGCUAACAUGAGUGAGCCUUCUGGUAGAAUAUUGGAAGGGAAUUCUGACCUACAUAUGGUGGAAGAAUGCAGCAAGCAUGCGGGUGUAGAAAUUCUUCUGCAGACCAGCAAGUCUGAAGACAUUGUCUUGUCAGAAGGAAAGCUACAUGACACAUCAUCAAUGCCCAUUGUUAGUGAUAUUACCCUUAUGGAGCAUGAAAAUGAGGUUAGCGAUACUGGUACUAUAAUUUGUAUGAGUCUAGAGUCAAAGGUGAAUUCAACGAUGAAGCUAGCAUCUGAUGCUAUUGAGAAGAAGGAUUUGUUAGAAAGUGAUUACCACCCAGAUAAAAAAAUCUCGAGCAGCAAGUCUGAGAAAUCUUUGUUGUUAGCAGAAGAUGGUAAAGGUUCUAAGGAUGAAGGUGAAGAUUCUCAUGAUACUUUGGUUGCUGGACCCACAAAAGUAUGUGAAAAGUACAUCGUCACUGAACAUAUUGAUGAUCAUAAAUGUGAUAGAAGUGUUUCAGUUACUUCAAAGCAGAAAACCAAUUUGCCUUCUGAUUGUAGUAGUGCAGAUUGCUUUGAUGAUAGAUCCCCAGUUGUAACAAAGGGAGUUGAUUCCUCAUCAUGCAGUGCAGGUGGCAGGGUAAAUGAGUUAGCUUCAAACCUACAACCUGAUGUUCCUGUCAGCAGUAUGUUGGUGGAUUGUGUUCUUUUGCCUUCUGAUAAGGGCAUGCCGGCCAAUACUGUUUUGGAUAAGAAAGAGGUUCAGGUGCCAUCUUCAGAAGCAAGUUUCUCAGUCGUAAAGACUUCUGGAAUGACAACCGAAAAAGGUGCUUCUUGUGAGACUGGUGAACAGUUCUCAUGCAAGAUAGUUGAUCAGUCAUUGUUAAUGAAGAAUACCACUACACUUGAAGGCGAAAAUGGAGACCAAACACUUUGCGGAGUCACAUUGGAGGUUGGAAAGGAUAUGCAUUCAUCAUCUAUUGUCUCUGAUUCAACAGUGAGGAAGACUGAUGGUGACAAAGCUCUAGUUAUCUCUAAGGUUUCUACAGAUUCUGCAGGUGGUGCUUCAACUCAGCUGAACAAGACCUUGAUGAGUUCAGUGCCUUCAACUUCAAUGGAAACCUCUCAUAAUACUGACCAAAAUCACCAUAAAGAUAAUGAUUCCAAAUUGGUUUCUGAAGAGAUCAGUGGUCGUGUUGCUGUGCAUCAGGUUGAUGUUGAUCCUGCAAAGGCUUUUAAUACUUCCUUUGCUUCUGCGCCUUCAUCUGAAUCUCAAACUAAGUUUCACAUGAUGGAAAGUGGAAGUAGCAGUGCUGAUCUUGACAAUCCUUCCUGUGGCUCUCCAAUUGUCAUUAGAACUUCCGAGCAGUCACAAGGUAAAAUUGAAAAUGGUGUGAAAAGAUCCAAAGAUCAGAGUGCUGUAGCAUCUGGUGUUACUAACGAGGAAGCGAACAAAGAGAAGUCAAUUUCUCAGGAUACAGAAGGAAAUGAUGCUACUCCAGGAGACAAAAGUUUCACCUUUGAGGUACCUCCAUUGUUAGGUGUGUCUGAACAAGAAUCUGGAAAGAAUUGGAAACCUUUUGCGACCAUGCAACAAGAUAAAAUAUCCCCGAAGGCCAUGGAAGGAACUCCAUCAACCUCUGGCUUAAGCAAAGCGGGGGCCAAGGCUGCUCGAGAGACAAGUUGUGCAAAUCUUCAGGCACCUAAAAGGGAGAAUGUGCGUGGUGGCUCCAAAGGGACUUCUGAGCGUAAAACAAGACGAACAGGUGGUAAGAGUGCAAGUAAGGAAGCUGCUAAAAAGGGAAAUGCUGCAAAAGAGAUAACCCCUGCAAGGGAAUCAGAAAGAAGUGAUAGAACAAGUAAUGUGUCACUCAGUUCGGCUGGAACUGGUCAACUUGUGCAAUCCAAUGAGAUGCAGCACUAUGGACAUAUAGAAGGCGGUAAUAUGAAACCAUUUGGUGUUCUUUCUACUUCAGUAUCUAGUCUGCCAGACUUGAACACAUCAGCUUCUUCAUCUGCAGUUUUUCAACAGCCUUUUACAGAUUUGCAGCAAGUUCAGUUGCGCGCUCAGAUUUUUGUAUAUGGAGCUUUGAUACAAGGAACAGUACCUGAUGAGGCAUAUAUGAUAUCGGCAUUUGGAGGACCUGAUGGUGGAAGAACCAUUUGGGAGAAUGCUUGGCGAGCAGGUACUGAGAGGGUACAUGGUAAAAAAUCGCUUCUUGUUAGCCCUGAAACUCCUUUGCAGUCUCAUAUAGGUGCUAAAACUUCUGAUCAAUCGAUCAAACAAAAUACACUUCAGAGUAAGGUUACAUCCUCACCUGCUAGUCGUUCUACCAGCAAGGGUACUCCAACAACAUCAAUUGUAAACCCAAUGAUACCCCUUUCAUCACCACUAUGGAGUAUUCGUACACCUUCUGGUGACGCCCUUCAACCUACUGGCUUUCCAAGAGGUGCAGUUAUGGAUUAUCAGCUAGCAAUUUCUCCAUUACAUCCUCCAGCUACAAGGAAUUUAAUCGGACACAAUUCUUCUUGGAUGUCCCAAUCCCCUUUUCGUGGCCCCUGGACUCCACAGACUUCUGCAUUUGAUGGCAAUGCUUGUUUUCCUGUGCGCCCGAUCACAGAAGCAGUUAAUUCAAAUCCUGCAAUAGCAUCUGUGCCUCAUUCUUCUAGCAUGAAACAGGUUUCUGCAGUUCCUGUGGUCCAGAGUGGAAGUCCUGCCAAUAUUUUUGCAGGGACUCCACUGCUUGACACAAAAAAGGCAACAUUAACACCUGGUCAGCAUUCUGCUGAUCCAAAGCCUAGAAAACGGAAAAAGUCUACAGUUUCUGAGGAGCCUGGGCAGAGUAUACCUCAUUUUCAAUCAGAGUCCCCAUUGGCUACUGUUGUGGUUAGUCAGGCCUCUACACCUGCUGCAAUUACCAUUCCUGCUACCAAUAUAUCCAAGUCCACUGAUAAAUUCAUUACAUCUGUCUCUGGUAAUCAUCUCAAAAAGGGUGACCAAGAAUCAGAUCAGAGGGUUAGUCUCUCUGAAGAGACUCUUAGUAAACACAAAAAUUCUCAGAAGCAUGCAGAGGAUGCUGCUGCUCUUGCUGCUGCUGCUGUUAGUCACAGUGAAGAAAUAUGGAGGCAGUUGGACAAGCACAAAAAUUCAGGGUUGGCACCAGAUGUUGAAACUAAAUUGAUUUCCGCAGCUGUUGCAAUAGCAGCAGCUGCUGCUGUUGCAAAGGCUGCGGCUGCGGCUGCCAAUGUCGCCUCAAAUGCUGCCUUACAAUCAAAAUUGAUGGCUGAUGAAGCAUUGGUUUCAAGUAGCUACAGAAAUUCCACUCCCAAUAAUGCAGUAUCUGAUAGUGGGAAGAGGUUGAACGAGGCUACUCCUACGUCCAUCUUAAGGGGUGAGGACGCUGCUGCUAGUUCGAAUUCUGUCAUUGUUGUUGCCAGGGAAGUUGCUAGAAGGAGGGUAGAAGCAGCUUCAGCUGCCGCAAAGCAAGCUGAAAACAUGGAUGCCAUUGUUAAAGCUGCGGAGCUGGCAGCUGAAGCUGUGUCACAAGCUGGGAAGAUUGUUGCAAUGGGUGAACCUUUCUCAUUGGCUGAAUUGGUAGAAGCAGGUCCAGAGGCAUAUUGGAAAGUACCCCAAGCAUCCCCUGAGCCAGAUGGUGCUAUUAGAGAGCAGAUAAACAUAGGUGGUAGCAUGGAAGCUCCUGGUUCAUCUGUUGGGCAUCUAAAAGAGGUUCCUGUGGACAAGAGGGAAAAGCAGGAUAACCACAGAAAGUCACCUACUCAUAGAGAGAUGACCAGAGUGUCUAUGGAAGAUCGUUCUAGAUUGACAGAUGGCGGUUUGACUCCUGUUGCAACAAGUGAAAAAGAUAAAAAAGGACAAAAGAGGCGCAAAGCUUCAGAUGUUGCCAAAACUAAAGGAGUUGCUUCUGAAUCUGAGAUUGGUUUUGAAUCACCUUUGAUGAUCACUCAGACUGACCGUGAAAAAGCAGGGGAAACUUCAAAAGAUAAUAAUAUAAGGGAAGGCUCGCAUGUUGAGGUAUUGAGAGAUGGAGGUGGGUCAAGAGUAGCAUGGUUCCUGGCAGAUAUACUGAACUUGAACAAUGGCAAAGCUUAUGUGUGUUACAAUGAACUUCGACAAGAGGAUGGUGAUAGGCUAAAGGAAUGGGUGGAAGUUGAAGGUGAUAGGGCACCUAGGAUACGCUGUGCUCGUCCUAGUACAGCUAUGUCAUUUGAAGGAACAAGGAAGAGACGCAGGGCAGCCAUGGCGGAUUAUAAUUGGUCUGUUGGAGAUAGGGUUGAUGCAUGGAUGCAAAAUAGCUGGUGGGAGGGAGUUGUCAUUGAGAAGAGCAAGAAAGAUGAAACUUCAUUUACUGUCCAUUUUCCUGCUCAAGGAGAAACAUCUGGUGUCAAAGCAUGGCUUCUUCGUCCUUCUCUGAUGUGGAAAAAAGGUAGUUGGGUUGAAUGGUCCAGCUCUGUUGAUAAUAAUGAGUCUUCCCGUGAGGGUGAUACCCCACAGGAAAAGCGGCAAAGGUUAGGCAGUCCUGUGGUUGAGGCCAAAGGGAAAGAUAAGCUUUCAAAAAAUGUUGACAUUAAGGAAUCUGGGAAACCUGAUGACACGAAAUUGCUGGAUUUAUCUGCAAACAAAGAAAUAUUUAAUAUUGGUAAAAGUACCAGAGAUGAGAGUAAACCUGACUCACUGAGAAUGAUACGUACUGGUUUAAAGAAGAAAGGAUCAGGAGUGGUUUUUGGUGUUCCUAAGCCUGGAAAGAAGCAAAAGUUUAUGGAAGUAAGUAAACAUUAUGUUGCAGAUCAGAGUAGCAAGACUCAUGAAACUAGUGAUUCAGCCAAGUUUACAAAAUAUUUAAUGCCUCAAGGAUCUGAACCCCGUGGAACGAAAAAUAAAAUUGAACCAAAACGAAUGGCUGUAUCCAAGCGCAAGAUUCUCAAGCCUGGAAAAUUGCCUAGUGUUUCUAGUAGAAGUAUUCCUCAGAAAAACUACUUACCAAACACUAUGGUUUCUGAACCUGAUAGUGUUGUGGCCUCAGAUGUGUCAAAAUUGGAGGAUUCUGUAAGCCAUGCUGAGAAUGUAUCAGGAAAGCCAAACUUGAUGGAGUUCAGAUCAUUUUCAUCUUCUGAUGGAGCAGCAGAGGGCCCGGUCUUAUUUUCUUCUGUGGCUGUCUCAUCAGAUGCACCCCUCAAGAAAACUUCUGCUUCAAAUGCUAAAUCUGAAAGGAUUAAUAAGGGGAAGUUCGCACCAUCUGGUGGGAAGUUAGCAAAAAUCGAUGAAAAUGUUUUGAAUGAUGAUACAACAAAAACAAGUUCUGAAGGUGUUGAACCUCGUAGAUCUAAUCGCAGGAUUCAGCCAACAUCAAGACUUUUGGAAGGGCUACAAAGCUCGUUGGCCAUCUCGAAAAUUCCUUCUGUUUCAUUUGACAAAAGUCACAAAAGUCAAAGCAGAAGUAUGAGAGGUUGAGAGGUGCCCUCCUGCAACUAGCGGAAUCCAGUCUUAAAAGAAAUUCAGCGAAUAUCGGAUGACCAAAAUACACCAGUGUAGCUUUGUGUAAAUUACCAGAUGAUAGAGGAGAAAGCUAGGAACGAAAAUUUGGUUCUUUGUAUUUUUGAUGUAGCGGUAGAUAUAUACAUAUAUAUGUUUAGUGUUCUUUAGUUUUAUUUAGAAUUAUUAUAAUCUGAUCUGUCUAGGCCAUGCUCUUUUGUAUAUGGAACGUCUUUAAGUAGUUGGGUUUGAUAUUUGAAGUGCAGCAUCGCAAGUGAUAUCAACCCAUGUAUUUUGUUGCAUCUAACUGCUCAUUGCUUAUUCAGCCUUCUUUGCUCUCUUCGUGGACCUAGAUUACUUGGGGUUUCUUCUAGUCCUCUGUUGACCCAAAAGGAUUCAAAUAAAGAUCAGGCUUCAAACC